AUGUGGCCAAGCAAACACCUGUUGGGUGUGCAGCUUGCUUAUGGCAUCCAGGGUAAUGGAGUGGUGGCUGCGGAAGAGGUUUCUUCUGCACUGGAGGAGCUGCCUUCUUUCCAACCCAAGAUACACUUCCCUCGACUACGAGAUCGAGGCCCUGUGUUACGUCCAAUCAAAAAUUCUUCCUGGAAGCUACCGACUCCUACGGAUGAAAAAGAUGAUUCCGUGGCCACCUCCAUGUCCUGGUGGAGGAGCAAAUCCCACUCUACGAUAUACGCUCCAGAUGAACUAACGGAAGCACUUGUGGCAGAACUGGCCCCGAUAAACGAGCUGUUUGCUCACGAUCCCACUGAGGGUGACCAGAUGGUCUUGGUGAAUCUCGGCACUGGGGUUUUUGCAAAUCCAGUGAACCUCGACGGCCAUAAAGUCGUUCCCAGCACCAAGAACAGUGUGGUGAACAUCAAGGCCUUGGUUUAUGUUUGUGGUGACAACAACACACAACUCCGGAUUGCUCCGAUUCUACCGCAGAACAAAAAGGUCACCAUGGAAGACUCUGGUGAAACCAGUAACCUAUAUCUACCUGCUCCAUUCCAGGGAAGAACAAACUACGCGUGUUGCAACUUCCCCCAUAAAAUCCUACAGAUCCAGGCCUCUCCUUUGCUUCCCAUUAUUGCCGUUCGCUCGAGCUCAAAGAUACAUUUCGUCAAGUUCUCGUGGCAAAACGAUCCACACACAAAAGCCCCGGUCUUUGACGUUUUACCAAGUUCCAUUAAUCUGCACGAAUUUACAGAACAUGACCUUGCCCAUUUCGAAUUUUCACCCACGGACAAGCACUCAUUUUCAAUUAUAGAUGUGCGUGGUAAAUUCUCGAUCUGGCGCUUAGAUACCAAAUCCUGGAGGAUCAAAUUGGCCCAUCAAAAUAUUCCCUCCGCAAAAUCUGGCAACGAGAUUCCUCUCGCUAUAUCCGAUCUAGAAGAUGCAUCUUCGUGGAAGAGCAUUUGCUGGGCUCCCAAAUCUGAAUCACUAAUUGCCUUUAGUCGGAACGAGGCGACCAUUUUUCGCCUCAAUCGCAAAUCUUCGAUUCCCGUUCAAAAACUCAUCACAUCAAAUCUGUGGGCAAACAUUUGGGACAUUAAAAGUUAUCUGGGAUUCGCUUUUCUUCUCACGUCGAGAGAGAUUAUCUUCCUUAAACUCGGAGUGGAAGUUCCCUUUAAAAGACUCGUUUCGUGGAAGCACUACCUAGAUAAUGAGGACUCCUCAUUGAAGCUUCAUGUUUGUGAGGCUGAAAAGAAGGACCUGUUCAUAUGUUCUGUCUUUUCCAAGAACACGCCUUUGGUUAUGAUUUACACAUUCGGAUUUCACGAUGGGAAGCCGGCUCUUCUCAAUGAUCCAAGCUGUAUUCGAACCGAUGAUACGUGCAGCUACAUUAUGUUUGAUAAGAUAGUUUACGAUGGAAGAGACCAGCUGACGUACUGUGAAGUUCAAGCUACAGCCUCAGGAAUACAGUUUUCUAGUUUACAUGGGGUGAAAUCACUUUCUUUGGAUGGGACUUCUCAGAGCUAUCCAUCUGAUACACCUGACGAUGAAACUGUUUCGAAAGAUAUUUUCAACAUGAUUUCGAUAGCUGAAGCUACGAACGCCUUUCACUCAUUUUCCACAUCCAAUCGAAUGACUAACGAAAACGAAGAGAUCUGGGAAGACGAGAAGUCUGACAAUGUACCACUCGUUCAGAACUAUGCCUUCAGACUUGGCCAUGAUAUAAAGAAGCGACUCAAUAUUGAAGAAGACUCUCCCGAGAGGAUAGAUGGGACAGAAGUAUUGAAUGGCUCUGGCAAGAGUUCUGAUGGCUACCUUUCAAAAUACACACCCAUAUCUGCCAUUGCUGACUGCUUACCCAUCACCAUCGAUGAUAUGGAAGAGUUUGAUUCAAUGAUUGAGCAACUCAAUGAUUUUUACGAGUCAUGCGGUGUCAAACUUCAGAAGGAUAUGAGGCGCAUGUUGAAAGGAGUGUCUCUCGAUAACUGUGAUUCCGUUCAACAACUUCAAAAGUGUCUUGAAGAGACCUACCCUGAGCAUCCGAAUAUUAGCCAAGUAGCAAUGAUCUUGGCCAAUAGUUACUAUAAGGUGUCUAACGAGGACAUUGAGUCUCGUUUACAGGAUGUAUAUCGGGAGGAACUAAAAGGCUGCAGCUCUGAACUCACAUCAAUGUUUGACGAUUGGGACAUCCAAAUACCAAAAGUAAGAGCCAAAUCUGCUCCGCCCACAGUUGAUACAAAAAAGAGAGGACUUUUGCAUCGGGCACUCACUCAAAAUUCACAGCAUAUGUCACAGCUCACUUCACAAUCAUCUCAAUUGACACAAGAAUCUACAGCAUCUCAGGCUUCUCGGCUGUCUCAAUCACCACAGCCUGGUAGUUCGCAAGAGAUUCCUCAAAUCAUGCUGUCACAACCAUCAUCCUCGCAAGCUAGACCAGCGACAUCUAGACUUUCCCAGAAACUUAAGCGGCCCGGAUCACAGGGCGCUAGUCAAAAGAAGAAGAAGAGGAAGGGUGGUUUUGCAUAA